CACCGGUAUCAGCUGAAGCAUGAGUAUUGGUAAGGCUAAGUUGGGUCUUUGACUUAGUGCCAAUAUCAGCAAAGGUCACCUCUCUCCAAACCGUGAUUUAGUACAUUCGGCCUGGACGUUGACUUUGUCACGAUCUUCGUUCAGAUACGCUUCAAGUCUCACAAGUUUUCACAACAGACGCGCGCUGCUGUGUGAAUCCGAGCGGUUUUCUUCACUCUUGCAUUGCUAGUUUCAGGUAGUGCACUGAAUGGAGAAUUACGCCAGUGAAGGCCGCAACGAUUCUUUGGACCUGCUCCUUGUCGCUAAUAAGCGAAAGCCAAACUUCACAGAGGGGGAGAGUUUGUACCUCAUCUCCCAGUUUGAGCGGAACGCUGUCGUUCUCACUUCAAAACUGAACGAUGCGUCCACCAACAAACAAAAGGUGGAAGUGUGGAAGCGCAUUUGCAACGAUUACAACAGCAAAAAUCCGGUGGUUUUACGAACUGCUAACGAUCUGAAGAGGAAGUGGAAAAACAUGGUAAGAGCAGCAAAGAAAGAAUUGUUAGAAACAACGAUGACUUCUCCUGACGGUAGCGAGUCUGUUUCGCAAAGAAAACUCUCUCCGGUCAGUCAAAGGAUCGUAGAAAUUUUAAGAAUUUCUGCGACAAAUUGUGGGACCUUAAUGACUUCGUUCGACGGUAGUUGUUUUGCUGAAGAUCACCAAGGAGAGCAAGCUUUGGAACAACUGAAAGAAGAAGACAGCGAAAACAACCAUCACCAAGAGAACAGCCCUCAGCAGGUCAUUCAUGUGGUAGUUACUCGUCCAGAGGAUAUAAAACCGUCGGUCAUGGUCUCGCCUGAUAUAAAUACGGACCAAAAUCACGAGUGUGAGCAAAGUAUGAACAAAAAGUCAGAUCUUUCUCUGACCACCGCUAGCGCUUCGACCACAGAAGAUCAUACUCCAACUGGCGCGGCUGAUGAGACGGUGCCAAGCAAUAGUUCUAUUGUUUCUACAAAAUCAAACGCCACUGUGAGCGCAGUUCCUACACCGAGACAGUUACCGAGCAGUAUACGCAGUGCAAACCUCACCAGUUCCCAAGUGACUGGAGUGAGGUCGUUUCGUUCCCUGUCACCACAGCAGAAACGAAUGUUACCUUCGUCUCUUGCGCACGUGAUUAAGAAGAGGAAGCUUUCGGAUUACGGCAGCCAAGACGAAUCUCUGUCGAACGUGCGAGCUGAGGUGGACAAACUCAAGAAAGAAAAACUUAUUUUGGAAAAAGAAAAAUUGGCCUUAGAAAAAGAAAAGUUAGCCAUGGAGAAAGAGAAGCUAGCUCUUGAAAUUCGGUUCUUGCGGGACCAGUUGGAUUGAUUAAAAAGGCGAUUCCCUUGCUGGGUCAGUACUAACACUGCUCCUGUCAUGUCAGUGGAUGACAGAAACCAAGCAAACCGGCAAGUCUCUGACAGAAUAAUUAAAAAUUAAUGGUUUACAAGCGGCUAUUUGCAUAGUUGGGUCUGAAAUUAUAUUCCAUAUGUGUCUCUUGAUACUUUGAACAUCUUAACCCUGAAGGGAAUGAAUGUUGUUGUUGUAUCUGUCACGUGCGAGAUUGCUUAAAAUGAACAAGCAAAUUCAUGACUUUUGAUUAUUAAAGCAACAAUGAUAAUAAGAGGUAGGUAGUUAAGUUUUGAUUCUUAGGUUAUGUUUCUCAGAUGCCAACAGUUAUCAAAAUAUCAGGAAACAUUUAGAAAGAGAGAGGGAGAGAGAGGGAUUGAGUGAAAAAGAAUUUUCUAGUUUAUGUUGAAUUAAGUUAUUAUGAAAAAUAAUUACGUGUUGUAGUUUCCUCAAAUAGCUAUGAGUCGUUUCCGCGUAGUAAAUCCAUCGGAUGCUAAAGAAACACUCCGUAAUCUUUUAUCUUUUUUCCAAAAGAAGAAUCUUUGUUUCAGGAAAUAAGAAAAUUGGCUUGCUAAAUGGACCACUUUUGAAAUCAAGUCAAUUAAACUUUCCGGCGCAUAUGCUUGGUACAGCUGGCACUCGUGAAGUGCUGCUCUUGAUGCGAAAAGCCGGAGAAAGUCCAAAAUGGCAAAAUCUAAUUACUCUCAGCCAUCUGUGACAAGGGUCGUUUAGCUACUGAGCCGAGAGAUUCAGAGAAUCAUAAAUUUGAGUUUAAAGAUGUUUUAGGUUUUUAAUGUAAAUGAUCGAUGACUGAAAACGUAAAUCUAAAGUGUAAGCUUGUAAACAAGGCUCUGUUUUCUUCAAUGAUAAAAUAAAACGUUGGAAGAAUCCAUUAAUAACAGCGGUUUUUUUGCGAGGCUUGGACGUUUGAAUAACUUUUAGUUUACCGCUGAUUAAUUGGCAAAGCAAUAAUCGAUGACAGAAAGCAUUAAUCUCAACUGAGUGCAAUUAAGCUUACAAACAGGCCUCUGUUUUUUUUCAGUGAUAAAAUAAAACAUUAGAAGAAUCUGAUCAACAGGUUGCUUGCGAGUCUUGGAUGUUUUAAUAACUUUUGGUUUUGCCACUGAAUAAUAUGAUAUGGUGAAGCUGAUUCUCUAGCAAUCAGCUUAGAAAAAAGGUUAUAUUUUGCAAUGGAGCCGAGCUGUCUAACGGCUCACUUUCUAGACAUUCGUUAAGGUAGCUUAUCCAGUUAAACCCAGACACCAUCAAAGAAUUAACUUUUUGUACAUGAAGCCCUCCGUAGAAAUCCUUCUCGCUGUAUAGCAGAGGCCCCGGUCUUCAGAUAACUUAGAACGUCUUUUACAACACCAAAUUAAAACAUAGCCGGCUUCUGAAACAAAUGUAUUGAAACUUUAGUUUGAAAAGUAGUGAAAGUAAGUAAAUCACACAGGAAGGUAGUUUACGUUCUCAAGAGUUGUAAACAACACCUGAGACGUUAACAACAUGGAAAAGGACUUCUUUUCACUUGUAUUGGUUGGCAUACACACUUGAAACCUUAUUUGAAACGUUAGUGAAACAACGGUAACCGCCAAUUUCGAAGGAGGCUUUUAUUUCAAUGCUCGAAUUUCAGUUCAGCUGUAGCCCACAGACUUUGAAGGUAGGCCACCUUGAAGUGAUCAAAAUAAACAGCAAACAAAGACUAAACAUUAGUGUAUAGCCUCGAAAGCGUUCGUUUAAAUGAUCACAAAUAACUCAGGGUUUAGUUGAUGUACUGAACAAAAAUGCUUUCUAUACAUUCAACAAGAAACGAGCACGAGCGAUCUAGUUGUCUAGAUAGUUAUACAGGUUCCACCCACUCGUGCAUUGAGUAGGUAAACCAAAAACUUCGAAUAUUAGAAAGAUAGACUGUUUUUUCGUCCGAACAGAGCCGGCGGAUAUCCUUAGCCAGCUGUUGGCUUAAAAACAACUCUCUCGAAGUUUGACUAAGAUUAGAAACAGUAGGAUUUUGUAUCGGCUUAACUGAAUACCGCUAUAGCGGCCUCUUGCUCAUGCACGGAAAAUUACCGUUGAUCAACUGUGCCAGCUUUCUUGUGAAACAAAUGUGUCGACCCAAAAUUCUGAACGGUUUACCCCUGCUUAACUGAAGGGCCGUUUAUACACUCAACUUUUU